GAGAAGGAGACGUUGGUCUAAAGCCUCGGGUGAUUGCCCUAAAGAGGCAAGCUGGUGAUCAAUGAGUAUCUUUUCGAAGAUACAGCAAACAUUUGCUAGUUCUAUCGUUGUCUAAAACUCAGACACAUUUGCAAGUUCUAUCGUUGUCUAAAGCUCAGUUUUAUCAGCAAACCUUUAUUGUCGCACAACUUAUUUGCAAAUAAGUUGUGUGUCAAAAUCAGCAACAUUCAGUGCACGACAGUUCGUGCAUCGUCAGCCAAACUGAGAACAAUGGGGUCGAGCAAUCGGCGCUUCUCAUCAUGGCUGUCACUAGCUACUUUAAUUGCUACUCUGGCUGUUGUGAGCCAAUGCGUCGAGAUGCUGGAGAUGGAUGCGCAUGCGUCGUUGACCUUCUGCGAGAUUCAUGUAUAUUCGGAGGAUGGUUACAUGCUUCGUCUGCAUCGGGUUAUACCUCGGGGCAACCUGGACAAGUCUGUGGGAAUGGCUGGAGCCGGAGCUCCGACAUAAGCACAAGCACAAGGGGCCCUUCCCUGGGUUCAAGAAACCACGCCCAGCUCCUUAGGCUGUACCCUCGUACACAAGUCCUAGCAGCAGGUCAGAAAGUCCACCAUCUCCAAGUCCUCCUCCUUCGUCCUUCUCGCCUCCAGGUGAAGGAGCAUUUGAAGGACUAUCUUCGCCGUGGUCCUCCUACUCUCCACCAGGUGGAUAUGGAGGUCCGUGUCUUCCUUCCUCCUCCUCGCCUCCAAGUGAAGGCGCAUAUGGAGUAUCAUCUCCGCCAUCGUCUUCCUACUCUCCAUCUCGUGGAUAUGGAGGUCCAAGUCUUCCGGCCUCCUCCACGCCUCCAAGUGAAGUCACAAACAGAGGAUCAUAUUCGCCACCGUCGUCAUACUCUCCACCUGGUGGAAUUGGAGCUACUACUCCUUCUGCGUUCUCCCCACAAGGCGCAAGCACAGAUGGAGGAUCGAACUCAGCUCCCCCGAAAUUGAAUUGAAUGAAUCAUUUGACGUCACUUUCAUGUCGGAGUUACAAGAAAUUCAGUUUGAGUCUCAUCGAACAUCUACCUCUUUAUUAAACAUUUUAGGGUAUCAUCCAUGAUACGGUUCCAACAAGUUAUGUUUGAGGCUCAUCACAUUUCUAUCUCUUCUGGAAAAGGUAUAAUGGAGUAACUCUUGCGUGACGGAGUUCCAACAGAGUUGACUUGAGUUCCAUCAAUCUUCACCUCUUCAGGAAAUUUAAUGUGCGUACUUUGAAGUCUUCUCACAUGACGGGGUUACCGAAAUUGGCGGGCCUGGCAACCUCCUGCUGCAGCAGCACGAUGUUUCCGAUCCAGCUUCUCCGGAACAGAGUGCGACCCGAUUGAAUGAUUGAUUGAUGUCGUCUUGCUUCUCUUCCUCCUCGUUCAGCAGCUGCGACACUCCCUCUCGUGAAAUUGUAGCAUGCUUAUUUUGCUAUGAUUGGGAAGAGUCCGCGUUCAUCAAGGUAGACUGAAGAGAUCUUCACUUGCGGAUAAAUAUUUACCAUGUGGCCACUGCCUCGCAAGCUGUUAAACAGGAUGUUCAAUUUCUUAGAAGAGCAUCUGGAUGAGCGAAUCGAAGCUUGUGAAUGAUGUCGAUUCUUCUUCUCUUCCAGGAUGAGAUUAAAUUCUCAAAUUUGCAAGCAAGGAUGCUCGUCUCUGCCAAUGAAAUUAUAUCAUACAGAACCCACUGAUCGUUACAUUAUUCUCUUUGAUAGAAGGUAAGUGGAGGAGACCGAUGUGCUUAUAUUAUCAACUCACGGGGUUUUGAAGUUUGCGCUCCUCCUGAAAGUCACUUGGGAGACUUGCUUUGGCAAUCGCUCGUUGAGUAGCUGUGGGAUCAAUAUUCCGAGACACGACGACUGUGACCCUACGAACCUCUCGUUGGGAGGGCUGAGUGAAAGUCCGGAGUACUUUUAGUCUGACCAUACGAUAUGAUGAAUCUAAUAAUCUCCCAAUUAAGUACGCCACUUGA